AUGGCUGGGGCGCUUGAUUUGCAGGAUUUUCUCCUCCGAGCUAGGGUUUUAAAGCUCUACAGACAAGCUCUCAGAAUUUCACGCAGAGCACCAGUUGAUUCUAAAUGUGAACUGAGGCAAAUUAUCAGACAAGAGAUGGACAACAACAGGACUUGCCGAGACAAACAGAGGAUUAGGUUCUUGAUUAGUGAUGGAUUGGAGAGAUUAAAGCGGUUGGAUGAGACGCUGGAUAUGCAAGGACGUUGA